AAAAAAAUAAAGACAAUAAAUCAUCAUCUGUAGCAACAGCAACAGCACCAGCAAUAACAACUAUUAAUUUUUAUAAUUUAAAUGAUAAAAUGAAAAAUGGAUUGAAUAUGAUAGAAAAACGUUAUAGUCAUUUAAAUAAACGCCGGCAAUAUUUAAUUGAAAAAAUAUACAAUAUUGAAAAAACAAUCCCAUUAUUAAUGAUUUACAAUACUUCAUCAUCAAAUGAUUUUUCAAGUUUUAUUGAUGCUAUAUCUCCUGUUGCUCACCAUGAUAAUCAAAUAAAAAAUGGUUCUAAUUAUUUAAAUAAUGAUGAUAUUAAAAAUUCAAUAAAAAAUUUAAAUGACCAAGUUACUCAAUUAUACGAUGAAAUUAUAAAAAUAGAUAUAGAGUAUGAAGAAUCAAUUACGAGUCUUGAAUCUCUUCAAGCUAUAAAUCUUGAGUUGGAAAAUAAAUUGUCCAAUAUAGGCCAGAAAAAUAAAACUCCUGAAAUAGAAACUUUAGAUAAUUUGUAUUAUAUUAUAAGCCAAAAUAAUACUGAUAAUGACGAUGAUAAUAAUAUUUUAAAUUGUUUGCAAAAAUUAAAGCUAUUAGUUAAGGAAGAAAUUCGACUUAAAAAUUGCAUAAAUCUUUUAGAAAAACGAGAAAAAUGUUUCAAUCAACAAAUAGAUAAACUAUUGUUUAUCCCUAAAAAUAUCGCACCUUGCAAUAAAACUUCGCAACAUUGUAUUGGUAAAAAUUGUCAUAAACGUAAAGACAAAAAAUACAUGGACAUUAUUGAAUCUCAAUCUGAUGAUAUUAAUAAUAAUAAACAAGAUUAUAAUGAUGAUGAUGAUGAUGAUAUAGACAUAGAUAAAUAUUGUGAUUGUUGUCCGUUGAGUAAAAAGUAAUAAUUGUUUUCACGAAGAAAUGGUGAAUAAAUAAACAAUAAAUUUAAUUUAAUAAUUA